UUGCGAUGGAAACUAUUCCACCAGAGAUUUUUUUAGAAAUUUGUAGACAUUUAUAUGUUAAAGAUCUUUAUACGUUAACCCUGGUAUGCAGACCAUAUCGUAAAAUUUUAUGGUCAAAAACCAUUUCAAUUCAAAAAAUUUGGACAAGUUCCAGAGUUCUUUCAUUUGAUACUUAUUUACCUUAUCCUACAUUACCCCCACCAAAUUCGAUGAGUGAACAAGAAUAUAUUUGGUUUACCAUGUUGGCUGAUAAAUGUAGUAUUUGUAAAACCAAGAUUGAAAAACAAGAGUUAUUCGUUUGUAGAUAUUGGGAAUUUGGUAGGAUUUGUUGUAAGGAAUGCAUUGAAAAGAAAACCAUCAGAAAAAUCAAAAAUUCUUUGCCAAAAGAUUUGUUAGGAUGUGUGCCAUAUCACGAAAGGCAUGUAUUUAAUUUAGGCGAUGAAAAACUUUAUUGGGCCGAUGAUUUGCAUUCAUUUGAAUCAAAAUAUCAUGCUUUUGAAGAUGAACAACAAAGAGAUAAUUGGGUUAAAGUAAAACGAGAAGAAGGUUAUCUAGACUCCAUUACCAAUGUUUCGUAUAUUGUUAUAUAA